CUGAGGAGGCCUGACCCUGUCCCUGCCCGGGGCCUGCUGCUGCUGCAGGUGAUAUCCCUGCUGGGGAAAUGACCCCGAGGGGCAGGGCCGGGUGGCUGCCUUCAGCUCUGCUGCUGCUCCAGCUCCCAGGCUGUUUGUCCCUGAGUGGCCCCCGAAGCGUGACAGGCAUAGUGGGGGGAUCCCUGAGCGUGGAGUGUCGGUACCAGGAGGCAUUCGUGGACGACAUCAAAUACUGGUACAAACAGCCGUGUGUGUCACCGAGGAAGAUUGUAGAGACCAGAGAGUCAGAGAGAGAAGUGAGGAGGGGCCCCGUGUCCAUCAGAGACCGUCCUGCAAGCCUCACCUUCACAGUGACCUUGGAGAGCCUCAGAGAGGAGGAUGCGGGAACGUACGGAUGUGGGAUCGAUGUGCCAUUUUCAGUUGACCCCACCUUCCAGGUGGAGGUGUCUGUGGUCCCAGGUGAGCCUGAGAUGCCAGCUCUAGGGUUGCUGACCGUACCUGGGACCCUGACCUUCAGGAAGGACCUGGAGCGGAGGGUGUUGGGGUCAGUGAUCAGGACCCAGGCUCUGAGUGGCCGGCAGGCACACAGCACGUGUCCACCUCUGGUUCUUCGAGACCUCCUCUGUGUCCACCCCUGA